GGAGGUGAGUGUUGUUUGUGUUGGGGGGGUUGAUGUUUGCAGGUCUUGUAACUUUCUGCUGGGGUGGUCUUGUUUGAGGACGAGAGAAAGGAGGGAUCUGUGUAUGAGUGUGUGUGUGUGUGGAGGGACACUGAUAUACACUCAGUGUCUUCAGUCAGCACAUUACAGAUGUGGAGAUUGAGAGAGAAACAGACCAGAUCUCUGACGGACAGCGAAAUGAAAGCAGACGAAGAGACGGGACUCGUGUUGGCUCCACAGUGACGAUCAGCUGAAUAUCAGCGUCUGUGAAUGGAUCUGGACCAAAGCUGAUGAAGACGUCUGAGACCAUCCAAGUCAGCAGAUAGAGGGAGGAACAGCAUAUUGAGGAUUUAUUCAUACCCUUCCACCUGGACGGGACCUGGACAGACAGAUGUCACACGCAGACCUCUUCCAAUCCCCCGUUCCUUCUCCGUCUCCCUACUUCCACUGUGACUACAGCGAGUGGUCGCCCACCUUCUCCAUCAUCCCCUCCGUCUACCUGCUGGCGUUCCUGCUGGGCUGCCUGGGGAACAGCCUGGUGCUCUGGGCCUACUUGGACCGAGCCGACAGCAGAAGAAUCAGGACGACGGAGAAAAAGCCGCCGCGAUCCGGAUGGUUCUGCUGCCUCUCUGUUUUCAGGACCGGUCAGCAGAGCGUCAACAGCGAUGGCAGAACUCACUGCAUGUCUCUUUCUCUGACAAAAAAAGGCAACGGUGGAUGUUCCUCACCGAAACCCCACAGACCUUCCUCUCAUUCCUCCACCUCCUCCUCCCCGCCCUCCACCCCUCGUCCCUCUCGCUCCCUCACAGACUCCCUUAUAGCCAGUUUGGCGUUGGCUGACCUGUGCUUCCUGGUGACUCUGCCGCUGUGGGCCGUCUACACAGCGAUGGGCUACCACUGGCCCUUCGGCCAGCCCCUCUGCCAGAUCAGCAGCUUCCUCACCGCCCUCAACAUGUACGCUAGCGUGUUCAGCCUGAGCAUGCUCAGCGUGGAGCGGUACUGGGUUCUGACUGGACGCCGGCCCUCCAGCCGCCACACCCUGCAGGGCUGCCCCAGAAGGGCUUUGUGGGUACUGGGAGGCGUGUGGGUGGCGUCCGGAGUGCUGGCACUUCCUGGUUUGCUCCUGCGCUCCGUGCGGCAGGUGGAAUCGGAUGAGGAAUUGGAGGAUGAUUGGCAGCAAGAUGGCGUUGAUCGAUCCGUCUUUCUUUCCUGCCAGAUGGAUUACUCCAUGCUGACCGGAGCAGAGCUGGAAGAGGGAGAGAAAGAGAGGGCCGAGAUGUGGUGGGCUGCAGCUCUGAGCCUAAAAUCAACCCUAAUUGGGUUUCUGUUGCCUCUGAUUGUAUUACUAGUUUGUUACUGCUCACUAGCUCAGCUCGUCAGCAGGCAUUUCGGACGGGGACCUCAUCCUGACCGCAGACGCCAGCGCAGACUCCUCAGGGUUAUUGUGACUUUAGUGUUGGCUUUCUUCUUGUGCUGGCUACCUCUGCAUGUUAAUAAAACUGCGUCCCUGCUGCUGGAGUUUGGGUUCCUCCCUUACUCCUGCUCUUUAGAUCGGAUUUUGCUGGCUGCUCACCCGUACGUCACCUGUUUAGCUUACCUAAACUCCUGCCUGAACCCCGUUCUCUACGCCGCCUGCGACCCAUCUUUCAGGAAGAGAUGCAGAGGAGCCCUGUUUGGGUGGUGCAGGAUGACCGGAAAAAGGAAAGACAUGGGUGAAGGGGAUGAGGGCAACAAGGAUGGAGUGGCACAAGAAAAACAAGAAAUAAGCUCAACAUUUCCCACAAGGACACAGGAGGAAACAGAAGACAGAGUAGAGGAUGGAGAACCAGAGAGGGUGGGGGACUCAAGAGCUGUGUAAGAAGAA